AUGUUUCAUAAAAACAACCAAAGUGCUGUCUACUCAAACAGCAGCAUCCUACAUAGAAAAUAACUCUACUUAUCCACUGAAACAUUCAUCUGGAUGAACUUUGUCAAUAUCCUAACAGGAAUACUUCAAAAUACUAAAACUCAUCUCAUUUUUGAACCUAAUGCUAUAUAUUUGGCAGGCCAUGAUGAAGAUUAAUUGCGAGUAGCCCAAUUCAAAAUCGAAUACAUUGCCUUCCAAGAGUUCAAAAUGAUCUAUGUCAUGAAGGAUCAACGAACUAUAUACUCCUAUAAACCAUAUACUUCCAUAUUCUAUUCCAAAAACUACAAGGACCUCUACUCUAAAUAUCGAGGAACUUGCUUAUUUGUUAAGGACAAGCUGAUAAAGGAACAGAAGCAAUUGCAAGAUUAAACUGGCUAUUAAAAGGAUUUUGAUUUUGAGAAAUAUGAAUCUUUUGUGAUUGCCUGGGUUCCUAAGAAGAAAGAAUAAAAAAUCUCUAAAUUAUUUCAAACUUGGAUUGCUGAGUAUAAUCAAUCUAAUACCUUUACUCCAAAACUUGAAUUAAGGCCGACAAUGAAUAAAGAAUACUUUAAUGAUGCUGACCCUCUCUAAUAAAUUGCCAUGACUUAUAUUGAUUUUAUUCUUUUCUAUUCUGAAAAUGAUGUAGAAUAAUUCCAAUUGCAAAAUAAAAUUUUGAUUAAAUUGGUUGAUGAUGGAAGAAAAAUUCAAUUCAAAAUCUAUUCAUCCAAUCUACUUUAUUGCCAAUAGGCUUAACAAAAUAUUAAUGAUUUUUUGAAUUAGCAAUCUUUGGAAAUAUUCAAUAUGGAAUUGUUUGAUCUGUGUGAAGACUUUGACAAGUUCCUUUUUGAUUUGGAAGGAAUAUUGAAGAAAAAAUGCAAUUUGCCUGUCAGAUUAUAUAAACUCGAUUCGAUUCUAUCCUUAGUUAAAGAGAUUGAUCGAAAAUUCGACACUUAAAUUCAAAAUUAUGUUUACAGCCUCAGAUUUAAGUAAUGUUUAUUUUAUUCUAAACAACGAGAAAAUACUCAAGCUUCAAAAGUUAUUAAAGAUAUUGUUGAAUUAAGGCUGAAAUUUAAUUAAAUAAUGAAGAAGAAAUAAUUGGAGAUGUCAUAUUUAUCGUAAUCAUUCCAAAGUAAUAAAUCCUCAUUGCUUAAUACUCAAUAAUGCAAAUCUUCUAUCCUGCCUUAAAUAAUUAAAGAUAAAGAGUAAUUAAUCCCUUAGGAAUACAGAGAGUAAUCUAUUCAUCCAGACAGUACAUCUAAAUAUCAAUAUGAUAAAAAUUCAAGUAGUUUUUCAUUCGAACAAAAAUCAAGAGUAACCAAAGAAAAUAUUUAAUAGAUUUAAAAAGGAACUAUGAAUGAUUAAUUUCAAAAAAAAUCAGAUUAUUCAAAUGGGGGAACUUAUAAUUCAAUGGAAUCAUUAAAAAAAAAUUAAAAUAGUUUCGAUAGCAUUGAUAAUAGUGAUACGAAUGAAUUGCAAGAAUUUUGCAAUGAUCUCAACUUAAAAUCGCAAGUUCAAAAUAAAAAGAACAAAAUCUUUGAAGAAGAAAAGGUCUCUUAAAUGAUUUCAAUCCAUCACAUUUCACAUCAAUUUGUUAGGUAGAUACUGUAAAUAGGGUUUGAUUAAAAUUCAAUUGUGUAUAAAUUAAAAGAUUAGAUGGUAUUGCAUUUAAAAGAUUGGGAAUAAAGUUUAAGAGACUUUUUAAUAAAUUAAGAUAUCUAAAUUAAUGAUUUAGAGUUUAUUGUUGCUGAUGAUUAAAUAACAAUAAAUACUAAAUUGAAUUAUCAAUAUGUUUCUGCUAUUUGCGAUUAAUUUUUUUCAGGUACAACUUGCUUCGUUGUACGAUUAAAUUAAAAUUCUUUGGAUUUUAGAGAUGAAUUAAAGGACUCUUAUGAAAUAGAAUCAAAGCAAACAUAAUACUAAUAGAUUGGAUUAAUUACAAAAAAAUAAUAUGAAUAAUUGCAGGUUGAUGAAAAGGGUAAGUAUUUGGCUAUGGAGAUAUAAAAUUAUAUGUACUUUGAAAAAAAUAUCUAAUAAAGAAUUAAUUAAUUCAUCAAUAAAACAGAGUUAGAUGAACCUCAACCUAUAUCUGAAUUGGGUAAGAUGAUAAUUGUAUUGUCACAAUCGUAAUUAAAUUACUUAGAAGAAAAUUAUCAGGAACCAUUAUGCAAUAGAUUGAUUAAAUUUGGAAAAUACCUAUCAAACGCAUUUUAUUUUGUGGAGAUAGAAAACAAUAAAAAAUAGUUUUAUGAGGAAGCAUAAGAUUAGCUUAAAAAAAUAGGUUAUGAAAUGGUGGAAGAUUAUUGUAAUAGAAAAAAGUAGAAAUACAAGAAUUAGCAGAUAAUUCAAUUAAAAUAAAAUAGCUGGAAGUUAUGCAUAUAUUCUAAUAUAAAUAAGUUUUAUACUAAAUUAAUAAAUGAUCUAUUAGAAAUCAAAUUAAAUGAGAAGGAAUAUCUCUAAAUAUUUUAAGGAGGCUUAAAGCUAUCUGAGCUUUAAAUAGAUUUGGGGAAAUUUUAAGUAAAGCAUGAGAAGGACAUAGGCAUAUUGGAAUAAAUAUUAUUGGGGGAGUAAAAUUGUAAUUAUUAUAAUUUAAUCGAUUAAGAUAAAUGUGCAUCUCAAAAAAUAGAUCAGUUUACACCAGGAAAUUAUUUGACUAUAGUUGUUAGAUCAGAUCAAUUACCUAUAGAAAACACAAAUCACCUUCAACCUGAUACGACUCUCAUCAGAGGUUAUUAUGAAGUACAAGGUAAUCAUAUCAAAUAAUAACAAUAAAACUGUUGA